CUAGCAGGGGGCGCCUGAAGCACUGAUUUUUUAUUUUUUAUUUUUUUUGGAGCUGGAGAGGAGCACGCGCCGGCGGAGCCGCGGUGAGCCUUGCUCGUGCCCGCGCCUGGCCGUCUUCUCAGAGCUCGGCUGGGAGGCGCUCGUGCCCGCCCGCCCGCCCGCCGCCUGCGGCUCGCGCCCGGGAGCGCCGCCGGGUCCCUGAAGCCGGUCGCGUCCUUUGUGCGGCGCUCGGGUUGCGCCGCUGGGCAGGGGGACGGAAUGCGGGCGCUGCGGAGGCUCUUCUCUUCUGCUCAAACUCUCGAAACAAUGGACUGUAAGAGGAGCAUGGACUGAGGGGGGCGAGCGGGGAAGCGAGCUGCACGGGGAAUCAUGACUUCUGCCGCGGUGUCCACUGAAGAUACGGUAAUCUGUUCCAGAAUUAGAAGAAAACUUUAUUGGACUUGCUAAGAAAUGUAUACUCUACCCAGAGCUUUGUAUAUUGGAAUUGAAGGUCAAUUUAAGGAAUUUUCAGGAGUAAUGUGGACUCUUCAAUGAAAUAUAAUCUACCUAGUAAAAUGCAAGUUCACCAUAUUAUCAAAAAAAAGAUUAAGAAGCCACCAGUGGCCCCUAAGCCAAAGUUUGUGGUAGCAAAUAAUAAGCCAGCUCCACCUCCUGUUGCACCCAAACCCGAUAUUGUGAUUUCUAGUGUUCCACCGUCAACAAAGAAAACCAAACCAGCAAUAGCCCCGAAACCAAAAGUUCUGAAGGGCUCACCUGUUAGAGACAUCGGGCAGUCAGCAUCAAGGAAAAUCAUUGUAAACCUGGAAGAGCACAAACAGGAAUUACCUGAAAAUGCCGACAACUCUGACUGUAAAAAUGUAGGGCAUCAGAGCAGUAAUUAUAUUUUACCAAUGUGUUCCUGCAGUUCUCAGUGUGUCCAUAAACUUGGGAAUAGAGAGAAUUUGUGUGUAAAGCAACUUGUUUUAGAGACCCUGGAAACGCAUGAAAACUUAGAAUAUAGUAAAAUUGAGAAGUCCUCUUCAGCCGUAAAAACAAGUAGAUGUGAUUCUAAUGUUGAGAAUGUCAAGAGCCAGAGUGAAGUCGUUUUAAAGGCAAACAUCCUAGAAGAGAAGCUCAAAGAUGUUUUAACACAACGAACAUCACCUUUUAUUUCCCUACCGAAGCACAGAUCCACAGACAGCCCAGAAAUUAAUGAUGGCUAUAAUUCCAACAGACAAUUCAGAAUUGAGUUUGCAGAUUUGUCACCUUCCCUGUCCAGCUUUGAUAAAGUUCCUGAUCAUCACCAUUGCCACCUACAGCUUCCUAGUGAUGAAACCUAUCAGCCUAGCAGUGAUAAAAGCAAUACUUGCUUUCAUUCAUCUGGACAAGAAGCUCUGGAAAAUGGUAAAAGGAGUACUUUUUUAUCUUCAGAUGGAGUUAGUAAGAAAUCAGAAGUCAAAGACCUUGGUCCCUUAGAAAUUCACUUAGUACCACAUACUCCCAAAUUUCCAACCCCCAAGCCCAGAAAGACACGGGCUGCUCGUCUGUUACGUCAAAAGCAUGUAGAUGUGCCUAGUGAAAGUACUGAAGAACCAGAGAAUUUAGACAGUGACUCUUCUUGUCUUUUAGAAGCUGGUUUGAAAAACGAUAAAAUCAGUGUUCUUCAUCAUAAUGUUUUGUGUAACCAGGAACAGGUGGACAAAGUGAAGCCAGGAAAUAAAAGUGAAUUGAAUGUGGACUGCAGUGGUGACAGACAAAAUUUAGUCAGUCCACAGAAAGCUGUGUGUCCUGAAACAUCUUCCUUUGAAAAAAUGGAAACAGAUUCUAAUUUAAGUUCUGACAGCAAGACAAUAGAUGGUUCUAGUAUGUCACUUGCUGUGGACAAAGGGACCAAUUUUAUAAGGUACAGUACUUUAUCUAUGAGCCUGCCAAAGCAGCUCAAAUUAACCUGCAAUGAACAUUUGCCUACUACCUGCAAUGUGGGAGUGUCUGCCCCUCAAAUACAAAAGGAAUCUACAAUAAAAGGUGAAAAUUCCUCAAGAAUUGUCCCCAAAAAACCUCAAAGACACAGCUUGCCUGCUGCAGGAGUGCUUAAAAAGGCUGCCUCAGAGGAGAUUGUGGAGAAAAGCUCUUAUCCCUCAAAUGAAGAAAAUAAUUCAGAGAAAGGUCUAGAAAGAAAUCACCUUCAGGAUGUGUGUGCCCAAAACCUCAGUAUGUCAUCCUCCUUUGAUAUGCCUAAACGGGCUUCAGAAAAGCCAGUGUGGAAAUUACCUCAUCCUAUUUUACCCUUUUCGGGGAACCCAGAAUCCUUAAAGUCUGUCACUACAUCAUCAAAUAGUGAGCUUUCAACUGCCAUAACUAAGCCUCGAGCAAAAUCAUUAUCUGCUAUGGAUGCGGAAAGGUGCACUAAGCCUUGCAAAGACACUCAGAAGAAAAACUCUUUAAAGAAGUUGCUGAACAUGAAACUGUCCAUCUGCUUCAUGAAAAGUGACUUCCAGAAAUUUUGGUCCAAGAAUAGCCAGCUUGGAAACGCAACUGCAGGCAGCCUCUCAGGUGGGGAGAGGAAAGGACUUGAAAGUGAUUGGCAUGGCAUGUUGGUAGAAGAGAAGAGAAGUAAACCCAUCAAGGCGUAUUCUGCAGAUAACUAUAGCUUGGAAUCUCAAAAGAAGAGGAAGAAGUCCCGGGGCCAGACCAGUGCAGCUGAGUCUUUGGAUGACCAAAUACUCUCCAGGGAGUCAUUAUCUCAGGCGCCUUGCAAAUCUGUCACAAGUGGCUGUGCCCCAGAGUAUGAAAAUGUACGCCAUUAUGAGGAAAUACCAGAGUAUGAGAACUUGCCAUUUAUAAUGGCCAUAGGGAAAACUCCCGAGUUAGAAUGGCAGAAUUCCAGAAGCAUGGAGGACACUGAUGCAAAUGUGUACGAGGUAGAAGAGCCAUAUGAAGCUCCAGAUGGCCAGUUGCAACUUGGACCCAGACAUCAGCAUUCCAGCAGUUCUGGAGCAUCCCAGGAGGGACACAACGAUCUUGAUCUUGGUCUUGGUGAACUUCCUUCGGAUGAGGAAGAAGACAUCAGUAGUUCUGACGAAGACGAUGUCAGCUCUGACUCUAGUAAAGGGGACCCUGAUCUGGGAGACAAACAGAAUGAAGAUACUGGAAUGAAGAGUAAAGUCCAUCAUAUUGCCAAGGAGAUCAUGAGCUCAGAGAAGGUGUUUGUGGAUGUAUUAAAACUUUUGCAUAUUGAUUUCCGAAAUGCAGUGGCCCAUGCUUCCAGGCAACUUGGGAAACCCGUGAUUGAGGACCGGAUCCUAAAUCAGAUCCUGUACUACUUGCCUCAGCUAUAUGAGCUCAACCGGGAUCUCCUGAAGGAACUGGAGGAAAGGAUGUCAAACUGGACUGAACAACAUAGAAUUGCUGAUAUCUUUGUAAAGAAGGGACCAUAUCUAAAAAUGUAUUCCAUGUACAUCAAAGAAUUUGAUAAAAAUAUAGCUUUGCUGGAUGAGCAGUGCAAGAAGAACCCAGCUUUUGCUGCUGUUGUUAGAGAUUUUGAGAUGAGCCCACGCUGUGCUAACCUGGCCCUCAAGCACUACCUGCUCAAGCCAGUUCAGCGGAUCCCCCAGUACAAGCUGCUGCUGACAGAUUAUUUGAAAAAUCUUCUAGAGGACUCUGGAGAUUACAGAGACACUCAAGAUGCCCUUGCUGUCGUUAUAGAAGUCGCCAACCAUGCCAAUGACACCAUGAAGCAAGGUGACAACUUUCAGAAGCUUAUGCAGAUUCAGUACAGCCUAAAUGGACACCAUGAAAUAGUGCAGCCUGGACGGGUUUUUCUCAAAGAGGGAACUCUGAUGAAGCUGUCUCGGAAAGUCAUGCAGCCCCGAGUGUUUUUCCUGUUUAACGAUGCCCUGCUGUAUACAACACCAGUGCAGUCUGGGAUGUAUAAACUGAACAAUAUGCUCUCAUUGGCUGGAAUGAAGGUCAGAAAACCCACCCAAGAAGCUUAUCAGAAUGAACUAAAGAUUGAAAGUGUAGAACGCUCCUUUAUCCUCUCAGCCAGUUCUGCCACAGAAAGGGAUGAAUGGCUAGAAGCAAUUUCCAGGUCAAUAGAAGAGUAUGCCAAAAAAAGAAUCACAUUCUGCCCUAGUAGGAGUCUUGAUGAGGCUGACUCAGAAAAUAAAGAGGAAGUUAGCCCUCUUGGAUCAAAAGCUCCCAUCUGGAUCCCUGAUACCAGAGCCACAAUGUGUAUGAUCUGCACAAGUGAAUUUACUCUGACCUGGAGACGACACCACUGCCGGGCCUGUGGGAAGAUUGUAUGCCAAGCCUGUUCAUCAAAUAAAUACGGUUUAGAUUACCUGAAAAAUCAACCAGCAAGAGUAUGUGAACAUUGUUUCCAAGAACUGCAGAAACUAGAUCACCAGCAUUCUCCUAAGAUUGGAUCUCCUGGAAAUCACAAAUCUCCUUCAAGUGCCUUAUCAUCAGUCUUACAUAGUAUUCCAUCAGGGAGGAAACAGAAAAAGAUCCCAGCUGCUCUCAAAGAAGUAUCAGCAAACACAGAAGAUUCUUCCAUGAGUGGCUACUUGUACAGAUCAAAGGGCAAUAAAAAACCUUGGAAACACUUGUGGUUUGUCAUAAAAAAUAAAGUGCUGUAUACAUAUGCUGCAAGUGAGGAUGUGGCAGCUUUGGAGAGUCAGCCUUUACUAGGAUUCACUGUCGCUCAAGUCAAAGAUGAGAAUUCGGAGUCCAGAGUGUUCCAGUUACUACACAAAAACAUGUUAUUUUAUGUGUUCAAAGCAGAUGAUGCUCACUCAGCUCAGAAGUGGAUAGAAGCAUUUCAGGAAGGCACAAUAUUGUAGCGAUACUGGUUUCAUCCCUUCUGUGAUUCCAAAUGGGUGGAAUUUCAUCAGAAUGGAGUAAAUGCAGUACAAAAAUUUUAUGUAAAUGAACACUGCCAAGAUAAAUCCAGCCAAAAUCUUCAUCAGAUAUUGUGAAUUAUUUUGUUAGGUGUAAGGUAAUUUUUUUUAAUGUUUGUUUUCUCAUGUAUGUUAUUUAUUAAAAUUUUGAUGUUUACUUCCUGGUCAGAAUUAUUUCUGAGACUCACACUGAAUUCUGAAGUACCUUUCUUUUAGAAACCAGAAAACUUAUCUUAAUAUUGUAUACUGUAUUAACUGUUUGUGACACAGAUUUCUCAGUGUGUUUUGUAGUGUUACAUUGUAAUAUUCUUACUUGAGUUAAGUCUUUGUAAAUAAAAAACACACAUCAAGGAGCAAAUUUCUAUGCAGUGUUUGGCUUAGGAAUUACUAUAGAACUGCUGAUGAAAAAAAUGUAUGUUUUUGAAUCAAUAAACUUAGAUGAAUUUUUGUAUCUUUUAAUGGAAAAACACACAGCCAACUCCUACCUCAGUAAUUGUGAAAUGAAAUUCCAGUAAAUUAUCUAGAGUAUUUCUGUUGUACCUCUUUUGGCAUGAGAUAAUGUUACAUCAUCAAGGAAUUAGAGCAAAGGGAUAGAAUAUGAAAAUUGUCAUUGAACUGAGCUAUGAGUAGGAAAGAGGAUGUUUUCAUUUGCAGAGGAACACAAGUCUUUAUAUUAAGUUUAAUCCUUUUUUUAAAGCUACCACUUCAACACAAACAUAAAUGUAUUACUAUUUAAAAAAAAUACUGCAAGUAUUACAUUACACAAUAUCCUUUGCUAUUGUAAGUGUUCUGAGCCCAAGUCAGUGGUGGUGUUUGCAUCUAAAAAGAAUUUCCAUUCCCUAUGAUAUUGUGCUUUAAAAAAUGAACUGGAAUUACCAUACCAAAAAAGCACAUAUUCUACGCCAGUGUUAACUGAAAUUGUAUUCAUUUUCUAAAGGUUAUUUAAUACUACUUUGUGUUAUGUCCUCCCUGGUAAUUAAAACAAAUCCUUUAUUUCUUCAACCACCUCAUUAGGAAAGAUAUUCAUAAUUCUGGUGCACUUACUAAUUAACAUGUGAACUGUUUUGUACAUAAAACUGUUGAUGAGUAGAGGAAAAAUGAAAUUCACACUAUAAUUAUAAUCAUUCUUGAUGUUUAUAAUAUACAUUUAUUGACUGAGCUUAAGCUAAAAUAAAUUAUCUUAAAAGGCAAGGUCAUCCAUAGACUAUUUCACAAAAGGGCACAAGAAUUUUCCUUUCUGUUUUUAUAUAACGUAUUUCCUAAUUCAGUGUGAUACCAUUGCCAAGAGAAUUACUGAGUGCCUUUCUGAAGUUGUUUGUGCAGCACCAGAAUCUCAGCUAAAUCUAGAGUUGGCUGCUGUCAUUUUUUUCUGGCUGUUCCUUGCUGUGGGAUCAUUUUAAACCCUGUUGCACCCUCACCCACAAUCCUCACAUCCCAUCUCCCCAGUCUUUCUGUCACAGUAGGAAAACUAAUACUUCUUUGAAACUCACUAAUUUUAAUCAAGAGAGCAUAAAUAGGGCUUCCAUGUUAAAAUCCUUGCAGCUUUUAGUAUAUCCUUUUUUGGAGACCAAGGUUAUACCUUAUAAUGUGUUUCCUUCUUCUUUGGGUCUAGCAUUUUGAAAAGGACAAGUUAUUUGGAGUUCUGGCCCCCCUCCUUAUGAGCUCUCAGCCUUCUGACUGGAAGGUUUGGCUUAAACCUCAGAAUCUAAAAAAAUAUCAGCUAGGCUAUUUUGUCUUCCAACAGCUGGCUAAAUCAAGAACCAUUCAUAAAUCUAAAUAGAAAAAACACUGCACCAACUUCUGUUAAUUCUAAUUACACAUAAAAUACAUGUAUGAUUGUACUGGCUAUUGGCUUCACCCCAUGGGGGGUUUUGAAAAUAUAAAAUACGUAUAGCCUUUUGAGAAAGCUAUCAUAUUACCAUGCCCCCCCCCAAAAUGUUUUAAAUGUGGAAUGGUAUUACAUUUCCUUUUCCCCCUCAUCAGUCCUUCAUAACUUAUUAAAGCUGAUCAAUUAUUUACUUAAUUUGGCUCAUUUAAUGUCAACUGAGAAACCUAUGUUUUAUUAUAAAGCUACUUUAAGAAAUGCAUCUCUUGAUAGCUAACAUUUUAGAGGGAAAAAAAAUGAUACUGGGUGCAUUUGGUUGGAGGGAGCAGAGGGAGAGGGAGAAUCUUAAGCAG